ACAUCAUUCCCAAGCGAACGGCCAGCGAUCAACGUUUGGCCCACCAGCACACUCGAGAGCGAUAACGAGCAGCUGAUUUUACCUGAUUUUAGCUGAUUUUUUGCCAUUAUCCACUAUCUGGCAUCGCAGCAGCAGCAGCAACAACAACAAGGGCAUCGCAUCUCUUCGCAUCGCUCUCCCCCGCAACAACAACAACAACAAUUAUAAUAACGAUCUGUGACAAGACAAGGCAACAACAACAACAACAACUACAGCAACAGCAGCAAGCCAAAAAGUGAAGUGAACUCUCGGGCGCUCUCGUCUCUCCUCUCGCGCCUCUCACGCCUCUCACGCCUCGCUCUUUCGGCAAACUUCGGCUCGGGCUUUUCAACUUCGGCUUUUCGGCUCCGGCUUGUAAAUUACUUGCAAAGUUAAUUUUAGUCUCGGCUUUUAAUACCGUUUUAGUGCGUUUUCAAGUUGGUCGUGUGCUUUUCCCUCUCUCCGUUAAAAACGAAAUAAAAAAAAUUUUUAAUUUCCAAAAAAAACAAAUUCCGAAAUUAAUCCAACGCACCAUAACUAAAUAGAUCAAAUACCUAGCUGAAUGUGACUUUCUUGGUGAUCCUCGUAUAUCCUCGUGACUUUUUUUUUCGGAUCCAUUUUUUUUCCAACGGAAAUGUAAACCAUUCGCCCCAAAGCCCCUCUUUAAGCUUCCUGCUUCGAAGUCCAGAACAAAAAAAAAAAAGAAAGAAGGCGACAAAGUCCAAUUACAUAACAUUUAAUUGCCAAAAACCAAAAAACAAUAAACAAAUUAAAAACAAUAAUAUCAUAAUUCAGGAAUCCCAAAGCGCGCUCACCCAUACAAAGGCGAACGCAUUAAAAGACGGAAGUGCAUUUUUUUUUCGUUAAGCGGCAAAGCAGCGCAUCCUGUUUUUUGGGCCGUCCACACACGCUCACGCACACACGCAACGCGAACACAAGCACACACACAGUGACGCCUGGGAGACGCUCUCUCGUAUAAGAGUUGCAGAUCCACAAAUAACGCACUUUUCCCUUGGGUUAAUUGAUUAACCAGGCCCAAAUAAAUACAAAAGGGAGCGGAGAACACAAAGAGCCAGCAAGAUGACUGGUUUCACGAACGCCGGCUUCGAGAACGAUGAGCCCGUCAAGCCAAAAGCUGGUUUCGAGCCCGACACCGCCUCGCUGCGAGAGAAAGUUGUGCUGAAUCCGGCCGAGAAAUGGCGCAUCUUAAAGAAUAUCUCGAUCAUCUCGAUCGCCUUCAUGGUGCAGUUUACAGCGUUUCAGGGUACGGCCAAUCUGCAAUCCUCUAUAAACGCUAAGGAUGGUCUGGGCACAGUCUCGCUGAGUGCGAUCUAUGCCGCCCUGGUGGUCUCCUGCAUCUUCCUGCCCACGCUGAUCAUCCGGAAACUGACGGUCAAGUGGACCCUGGUCUGCAGCAUGCUCUGCUAUGCCCCCUACAUCGCCUUCCAGCUCUUCCCGCGAUUCUACACCCUGGUGCCCGCCGGCAUCCUGGUGGGUAUGGGUGCUGCACCCAUGUGGGCAUCCAAGGCCACCUAUUUGACGCAGGUGGGACAAGUGUAUGCCAAGAUCACGGAACAGGCAGUGGAUGCCAUUAUCGUGCGGUUCUUCGGCUUCUUCUUCCUGGCCUGGCAAUCCGCUGAGCUCUGGGGCAAUCUCAUCUCCAGCUUGGUCCUCUCCAGCGGCGCCCAUGGCGGCAGCAGCAGCUCGAACACCACCAUCAGCGACGAGGAUCUGCAAUACUGUGGAGCCAACUUCUGCACCACCGGAAGCGGCGGUCACGGCAACCUGGAGCGUCCGCCAGAGGAUGAGAUCUUCGAGAUCUCAAUGAUCUACCUAUCCUGUAUUGUGGCCGCCGUUUGCAUCAUUGCCUUCUUCCUGGAUCCCCUGAAGCGGUAUGGUGAGAAGCGCAAGGGAUCCAACUCGGCAGCAGAGCUGUCCGGACUGCAACUGCUGUCCGCAACCUUCCGUCAAAUGAAGAAACCCAACCUGCAGCUCCUCAUACCCAUUACUGUAUUUAUUGGCAUGGAGCAGGCCUUCAUUGGAGCCGAUUUCACCCAGGCGUAUGUGGCAUGUGCCCUGGGAGUGAACAAAAUCGGCUUUGUGAUGAUCUGCUUCGGAGUGGUGAAUGCCCUCUGCUCAAUCCUCUUCGGUUCAGUGAUGAAGUACAUCGGACGCACGCCCAUCAUUGUGCUGGGCGCCGUCGUGCACUUCACUCUGAUCACCGUUGAGUUGUUCUGGCGCCCCAAUCCCGACAAUCCCAUCAUCUUCUACGCGAUGUCCGGACUCUGGGGAGUCGGCGAUGCCGUUUGGCAGACGCAGAUCAACGGACUGUACGGGUUGCUCUUCCGCAGGAACAAGGAGGCCGCCUUCUCCAACUACCGUCUGUGGGAGUCCGCCGGUUUUGUGAUCGCCUACGCCUACGCCACCACGCUCUGCACGCAGAUGAAGCUCUACAUCCUGCUGGCGGUGCUCACGCUCGGCUGCAUCGGCUAUGUGAUCGUCGAGAUCCUCUACAGGAAGAAGCAACGCAAGGUCAAGAAGCAGGAGAGGUUGGAGGCCGCCGAGAAGGAGAAGGAGGCCGCCGCCGCCGCUGCAGCCGCCGCCGCCUUGGCCGCCGCCGAGGCAGGACCUGGUGGAGUCGAGGAGACCGACGACGAGCUGGACGAUCUCGAGGAGGACAUUGUGGUCACGCGCCUGUAAAUGUUUUAUUCUCCCCCCCCCCCCCCAAGUACACCCUCAAUGCCCCACAAGUCCCUCACACACCCCACAUUCCAUCAAGUUAUCGAUAGAUCGAGAGAGAGAGAACGAAAGCAAAUAUCAGGAGCGUCAUCGAUUCAAAUGCAAAAAAGACAACAAGAUUUAAAAAGAGAAAAUGGAAAAAUUCUAUCGAUAAAAAUUAAAACUAGCAUACCUAUCGAUCGACAAACACGCUCCGUGAUCGAUAAACAAUACCAACUAGCGCCGAUAGCAGGCCGGAACGCGUUGCAUACUUUUGUGGUUGUAGUUUUGUAGUAGAACAUUUGUACCCCUCACACCCGGAAACCCGCUCCAGCAAGAGAAAAACCAUUUAGCUCAAAGUCCAACCGAGUUUGGCUUAACUUUAGUUUGUACAUACAGAGAAGAGAUCGAAAAGGGCGAAAUGCAAAUAAUGCAAAGGCAGUGAGAAACCCCGAAAAAUGCAAAACUUAUGUGUGUUAGUCUAGGUGUAAGCACACUCGUACUUAGUUAAUAUGCACGCCUUAGUUUCAAAUGUUGAUUUAUCGAUGCAUACUUAUCGAAAAACAAGUGUAGAUUCUUUAUCGAUUUAUAUUGGCAAAGUAAUUUUCUUGUUUCCAAAUAAGUACGUCCCAAAAGCUUUCACUGGUGAAAUAGCAAAUAGAUAUUUGAAAUUCAACAAAAUGUGAUUAUCGAUAAAUUAGGAUUUGCAAAUAAAUCGUUCGUAUGCACUUGGUAUCACACAACCAUACAAACACACGCACACACCUACACACGAGGCACACACACUGCAGCAGUGUGUGUGUUUACGAUGCCUAACAAAUUGUUAUUUUAUUUUAAAACGUAUUUUAACUAUAGUCUAUCCCUAAACGAAAAUUGUAAUAUUCCCCCUUUUUGUAAAUUGAGUUUUUUGUUUUUUGAAAGAAAAAAACGUGAUAAUCUACACACGCCCACACGAAACACAAAAACAGUCACAAAAAAAAAACAAUUAUAUGAAAAUAGUCAAAUUUGUAAAGAUAAAAUGAAACUGGCCUUAAUAAGAUAUAUAU